UAUUUGAAAUAAUCAAGGAGCCUCAGAUUUAGUGACUGAUCACAGCCAAGAACUCAGUUCUGUAAAGUCAACCACCACGUCUAGGCACACACAUGCAGCAGCAUUUGGUUUCCCUGGCAGCGGGAGGAGGAGGAGGAGCUUUAGCAGGCCCUGUGGCCAUGGCUAAAGACCCAUUAGCUGAGGCAGGCUUUUAUUUUGAUGAACUCAACAAGCUAAGGGUACUGGAGCCUGAUGUCAGCCAGAAGACAUCAGAGCUCAAAGAAGAGUGUAAAGAAUUUGUGGACAAAAUUGGCCAAUUUCAGAAGAUAGUGGGAGGUCUAAUUGAGCUGGUGGAUGAAUUGGCAAAAGAAGCAGAGACAGAAAAGAUGAAGGCAAUUGGAGCCAGAAACCUGCUGAAGUCAGUGGCAAAGCAAAGAGAGGCUCAACAGCAGCAGCUUCAGGCUCUCAUAGCUGAGAAGAAGAUGCAACUCGAGAGAUAUCGUAUUGAGUAUGAAGCUUUGUCCAAAGUGGAGUCAGAGCAGAACGAGUUCAUUGACCAGUUUAUUCUGCAGAAGUGAGGAUGUGACUGAGACAGCAGGAAAUGACUUCUGCGACCAUGUUUCCAGAGUGCCUGUCCUGUUUUCUCGGGGCGAUGCCGCCUUCAGAGAAUUACUCUGCUGCAGCUCUUUUUCUGAAGCAAUCCCAAAGCUCCAUCAUCCUGAAACACCUACACCUCCUCUUUACACCUUAUUUCUGACAUGUUUUGCGUGUGUGAAGCAACAGCCGGCUGCCAACUGUAGUCGUUCCCACCCUGGUCAGCAGGUGUGAGGAUUUACAGUGUUGUAAGCUUGAACAAAUUGGGAACAUCUGAAGUUCUGUUCACACCAAAUAUCUCUACAUCAACAUCUCAGACCAACAUUAAAGAACAUGGAGCUAUUUAUACAAAGGAAUAUUAUUUAUACUGAAGAAUUACUCUGUAUAUCUAGUUUUACUACUUUUUAUAUCAAUUGAAAUACUGCAUGUGCAUGCAUCUGUAAAUAUAUUUUGGUUUUAGAAUAUAGAAAAAAGAUCCUGAUUUGAUCAUCUACAUGCUGUUAUUGUUGCUUUAAUUAUAUUAUAUUGGUACAACCAGUCUGUGGGCACAGCACGAGGAAUACAUUCUCCUCUUUUCAAAUACAUUUUUUUUCUUUGUAUUUAUGUGUGUCAUUGUCUUUCAUGUAUUAAUUUAGAUGACAAAUGGUUAUACUUGAAUAAAUGCUGUAUAUUAUA